CCGGAUCCCCCGGCUUGCUCGCGUCCUGGGACCUUCUCUGCGUUCGCGUCGGGAAAGGAGAACAGUAGUUGUGUUUCUCCUUUUCAGCUCGAAGGAUGAAUCGCUGCGUUCCUUACUGCGAGAUGGCGUCUGAACAGUUCUUUUUCCAGUGAUUUCCUCCUCGUUGUCUGAAAAGGAGCCAGAGGCGUCUCCACCGAGAGACGAAGAAGGAAGCUCGAGAGCUCUCCAUGCUGAUGACCCACUCGAGAGAGAAGAGCAGCAGCUUUCUCUUCACUCUGUUUGUAUCUCCCGUCUCUGUGUCUCUUUGUUCGUCUUUCUUUUUCCACGCGGCUGUUCGAGCAAGUCUCGUCUUUCCCCGCUUUCUUCCUUCUCCCUAAGUUCCCUGAAAACCUCGACAUUCCCGAAGAGAAAAAAAAAGGCUUCUCCUUCGAAGUGUCCAUACACUUGGCGUUUUUGUUUUCGCUUCGCCCCUUUCUUUUCGGAUGCAUUGUCUCUUUUGCUCGUUUCUCAACGACGAAAGAAAAAAACGAACGCGAGAGCGAGAGAGGAGAAGGGUAAAGUCUGACGACAACAGGCAGACGCUUCCUUCCUUCCAGGUUUCGACUUGUUCGUGCAGCUCUCUCUCUCUUUCACCGGUGCAUGCAGUUUCUCUCGUCUCAGGAUUCUUGUCUUCCAACGAGUCUCCUGUUCUCUCUCGCGAUCCUGCCGACUUCUUCCACAUCUCUUCUCUCUCAUCGACAACGUAUCCGUUCCUCUUCGAGAUCCGCGGUUGUUCGGCUCUCUCGUCUUGCCGUCCCCGCCUUUUUCUCCUUCAGGUCUUUCUUUUCGUUCUUCCUUUGCCGUUUUCCUCUGAUGCAAGUCUCCUCAUCUGCGCCUCACUCCCUCUGCCGUCUGACUUCGUCCCCAUCUUCCUUGUCGUUCCGAUCUGACUUCCUCCGCAGUUUGUCUGUGUUUCUCUUCUUUCACUUCGUUUUCCACUGCUACUCCUUCGUUUCGUCCGUCGCAGAUAUUUCGUCUUCAGUAUUUGAGACUUCACCAGCUCUCCCUUCUAGCGGCUCUCCGGGGUGUACGUACAAUUGAGGAGGUCCGCGCUGCGCCGCCAGCCUUCGGCUUUGCUUCUAAGAUGAACGCGCGUUUCGCCGCAGGAAAUCGCGACGCGAUCGAGCAAAGAUUUACACCGACGACGAGGAAGAGGGACUUCGUCCUCAGAAGCUCUUUUUUCCUCUCCUCCCCUCCCGCAUCGCGUUUCUUUUCUCCACCUCGUGACUGUUUCGCCCUGUAGCGAUUUCUUCUUCUCUUUGGAUGCUCGCGUUUUGCUGCCUUUCCGGGGGCGCACUCGUUUUUCAACUCCGGAAAAUCUCCGUUUUCCUCCCUCUUCCUAUCACCGAACAAUGCCUACCAUCUCCGCAGAGACUCCUGCCGCCGUACACUGAGGAGACAACGGGAACCGUUUACCUGAGACUACGCGUAUAUCCGUAUACAUACAUAUUUAUCUCUAAGCAUGUAUGCAUCUACUUCAUACCUACACGUAUGCAUACGUCUACGUAAAUGUACUCAUUCCCACAUAUAAAUAUAUAUUUAUAUUUAUAUAUAUAUAUAUAUAUAUAUAUUUAUAUAUAUGUUACAUGUAUAUGCAUACGGUUUAGUGGUGGCAUUUGGUUCGCCUGUUUCAAGAUUGUAUUUUUCCAGUCUUCAGUCCUUCUUUUCUCAAGGAACGACUCGUGCAGAAGGUUGGGAGCAGAUAGGAAAGGAGCCGAGAUGGAAGCUGUCAAGGAAGAGCGAUGGUGACUCUCGUUGUCCUCAACUGACUCUCCUGGAGUUGUUUGUUCCCUGCUGGCCUCUCCGCUGCUUUCUCUCUCGUGUCUACUCUUUCGCUUGAGUGGGGCAUUCGCCUUCUUCUCCUCUGAAGGUCGAGAGCCACUCGCGGUCUUUUUCCUUUUCUUCUUCUCCAUUUAUCUUCUUCGCUCUUUCCGUCGGCUCGUUUGAUUUCGCGGCAUGCUUCUUCUCUCUCCUCUCCUCUCUCUCACUCCUUCUUCUCGAGUUUGCCGCCUCUUGCUCUCCCUCUUGCUCUCCCUCUUGCUCUCCUUCUCCUGCUUCUCCUGUAUCAUCGUCUUCUUCUGCACCUUGUUCUCCUCCUCGUUCUCCGCGGGCGUUUGCGCUUGUGUUUCUCCCUGUGGUUCGUCGAGCUCCUUCGGCGCUGCAUCUGCUCGGUUCGCCGUGUAUUCUGCGCGUUUUCCGAGAUGGGGAACUCAUGCGGCGGUCGCUGUCUGUCGGGAAGCUUGUUGCUGUCGCGGAACGAAGACGACAUCCGUCGCCACUAUAGAAUCGGCAGGGUCUUAGGUUCCGGAUCUUUCGGACAAGUUCGAGAGUGCACCAGGCGAGAGACAGGCGAAGUUUUCGCCGUGAAAAUCAUCGAACGCAAAAUGACCGCCAAGGAACAAAUGGCGCCUGGGAGACCCUCCAACGAGGCGAUGAUCAAGUCCGAAGUCAACAUCCUCAAAGACCUGGAUCACCCGAACGUAGUGAAGUACGUGGACUUCUUCGAAGAUCGUCACUUUUUCUACGCAGUCCUGGAGCUGUGCGACGGUGGGGAACUCUUCCACGAAAUCGUCAAGCGAAGACAUGUGACCGAGCAAGACGCCUCCAACUUCUGCAAACAGAUGGUCGGCGCCCUCGCCUACCUCCACGAGAGAGGCAUCGUCCACCGCGAUGUGAAGGCUGAAAAUUUCUUGUUCAAAAGCAAGUCCCCCGACUCACUCAUCAAGCUCAUUGACUUUGGCAUGUCCGCGAAGAUCCCACCUUGCGGGUAUCUCACUGAUCUCUGCGGCUCUCCGCAUUACAUUUCUCCGGAGUUGAUCAGCAAGCACUACGGAACGGGAGUGGACAUGUGGGCCUUCGGUGUGAUGAUUUACUUGAUGCUCUUUGGGCGCUAUCCCUUCGAAGGCGCAAAGCCUGGACAUAUCGCCAGAGAAGUCCAGCACAAACAGCUGGACUGGACCAGCAAGGAGUGCAUGCACUUGACGGAGAGCUGCGUGGAUUUCCUCAGUCGCUUACUCGACAGAAAUUACAGAACGCGGUUGACGGCUGCUCAAGCUCUGCAACACCCGUGGAUCUCAACUUGCACACCACUCAAGGAGCUGUCGAUCAUUAACCCAGAGAACCUGGAGCUUGCACGUCGCCUGUCGGUCGACUCCGAGCACACUGGCGGACACCGGGUAGCGGCGCGUGUGAACUCCAAGAUGGCCAUUGCCGAAAAGGAAUUCCGGAAAGGGAAAAGCACUGGACGCAGAAUCUCUGUCACCGACAGCCAACAGUCGUUCCACUCUAAGUAACUUUUCUUCCGCGGACUCCUUCGUUCAAAUGUAAGUCACGUUGUGCAAGCACUCCUGGAUUCCAUUGCUCAAAGAGAACUGCCUUCUCAAAACAUUCAACCAACGAAAUGUUCUACAUAGAGAGCUAUGCUUACAGAAAUACAUAGAUGUGUACUUCUAUAUUUCAUGAUAAGCAGUGUCACGACUCAAUGCAUAUACAUGUCUAUAUCUGUCUAUGUAUACAUGUUUUUAUGUAUGUUUUUCUGUAUCCGUUGAUCUGCAGUGGUGUGACUAUUUUUGGAGUGUAUCCAAGUUCGUGUGUGUCCAUGUCCAUAUUUCCAGCUGCGCUUACGACUGUGGUUGAGCAUGUGCAUGUACCCAGCUGCAAGUCAAUCUGCAUGUUUAUAUGUGCGUAUGUAGUAGUCUCUACAUACAAAUAUAUAUAUAUAUAUAUAUAUUGUUAUACAUAUGUAUAUACGUACGCAUAUAUAUAUAUAUAUAUAUAUUUGUGCAUGCGUCGAAAAGAUGAAAUGCCUUUGGUGGCAGCGCCUGUUUUACCGCUCCACAGUUGCACGCCGCUCGUUUGCUCGGCACCCCGGUUCCUAUCUUCUGAGAAUGUUGGAUCUCCGUGGCGGCGGCUACACGUGUCGGGCGUUUGACGCUCCGCAUCGCUUCUUUCCGCUUCACCAUGUCGUCAUAUUUCUGUCAGUUUCUGUUGUCUCCACGUGUCUCCUUUGUUUUUGCGCGUCGUCAGGUCUGCUCGCAGCCAGCGCUUUCUCGCGCGAGGUGAAGAAUGACAUUUCGAGCGUCUGCGGAGGAGACGAAUUCGUUGCCGACUUGUGCGGAACGAGCCUUUGAACGUUCCUUGUCGUGGUCGUGCUCCACAAGGCUAUGAGUUCCUCUCUGUGACCGGAGCGUUACUGCAGCCGAAGCGCGGUCGCGGCAUGAUCCGGCUUCACGAGGAAUGUCUUUUUUCUGGUCUCCCGUCUCGCUUUUAAUCUCCAACUUCGGAGCCGAAGAGACGCCGGAGGGUGGACGCAGACAUGUGCGUGCAUGUCCACACUCAUUUAACUGUAUGUAAAUGUAGACAUCUCGUUUCGUGAGGGGUGGCUCUAAGUCACACAGACUGCGGUACAUGGCCGCGCAAAAGAUAUUUCAGACCUGGAGUUUUUUGGGUCUUUCUCAGUUCGCUUCCUCGCUGUUUCUCCCUGUGCCUUGAGGCACAAGUGGAGAACUCAAAAGGAAAGAAAAGAGACAACAGAAAAGACGGGACAGCUCGCCAGUCCUGCCGGUUGCAAGGAAGCCAUGUGCGAAGACGGAGGGCGGCGAACUCUCCUCGCGUCUCUGCCAUGCGCCUCCUGUGAUGGGUGCUCCCAGCGACACAGCCAAGCCUAAGCCUGAGCAGUUUCUUGGCUGUGAGGCAUUGUGCUUGUGUCUUCAAAUCGCGUUCUACAGAUCAGUCGAUGAGGUCGCCUCUUCUUCGCGUUCAGGUCGGCGCGCCACACCAGCCGGCCAGCAGCGGUAGGAGAUCGAAUCAAUGUCUUGGCAUCGAGAGAUGUGCCGAUCCAUGGCUGCUCCUGUGCUCUCUGUUCUUCGAGGGACGAGGGGGCAGGAAUCUGGAGUGUGGAGAGAACUGCGCCUGUGACUUGUGGCCUUCGCCGAAUGGGUCUUCCAGCACUGAAACGCGUGCAUUCACCGCAGAAUGCAAGCGAAUCUGUUUUUCUGAGUCCCUGGACCGAGACGGAGUGUUUUUCUCGCAGAAAAGCGGUCCGAAGCAAGAAAGCGCGCGUAGGCACGCAGUGGACAGUCGGCCGUGAACAGGCUUCGCGAAGGCGGCUUCGUUGUCGUCAUCUCAGAGUUUUUUCUUUCGGCGCCUCGCGUUUUGAUUUUGUGUAAACCGUGAUUCCAGGGAACGAAGAGAUUCACACACCGGCAGCUGACGGUUUCCGGGAAGUUUGUGGGGGGAGAAUGAACGCAGUCUAGGAGGCAAGGCUCAGUGCACCGCAGAGAAGGGAGAGAGCGAGAAGGAAUAAAGGAAGCAACGAGGAGCAGCGCGAUUUGUAAGAGCUGCAGAAGCAUUUUCAUCACGAAGACGGAAGGGCAGCUCUGGUCGUCAAAUGUUUUACCUUCCGGGUGACCUUCUCUGCAGUUGUCGACGGCAGAUACGCCGUAACGAACAGACUGUAGGGGGAGAAGACGGUCUUUCUGAUGAAUUGUGCCCCUCAGUUAAAACGUGUGUAAUUUAUCGGUACGCAAAGGCAGUGCCGCACUUGAGUUUCCUCUUUCGAGUCCUUAGAGUAUAUGCCGUGAUUCGGCUCGUUAUUUGAGCAGACGGAUCCAGAUUGUCUUUGAAUGCAAAGAGAAAAGGGCGCAUUUUUCUCGUAGUGAAUGCUGCGACAAAUGGAGGACAUUUUUUCCCUCAACCGAAUAAGCUCGUUACACGGAGAACGGAUACAUGGCAUUUUGUGUGUGUUCAUGGUUACAUCUCUACGCGGUGUUGCCGUACAUGCAAAUGCACCCCUGUGCAUCCGUGGCCGCUUCGGCUAUCUCUCAAGUCAAGCAAAUCUCUGUUGGCUUUUUCUUCUUUGCAUGCACGUGUACCUGCGCGCAUAGUGAUAGUUUUGAGUCACAGUUUUUCCCUCUUUGUCGACCCUGAUGCAUGACUGCGAAGAAAAGGCAGUUGACAGGGAAGACCAGAGGGACGACGAAAUGAUGCGCCUUUGUUAAGCUUCUUGUCAAACCUUUCAUUUGAAAAACUUUUGUUAGGUGUUGGGCGUGGAAGUUGGGAUGGCCGGC